AUGUCUCUCCUCGAUUUGCCGUCUGAGCUCCUUCAGCAGAUAGUGAAGGAGACGGUCCCGGAAGAUUUCGAGCACGUGGGCCUGACAUGCAAAACACUGAAUGCCGCGGGCGCUGUAUUCCUCGACGAGUACAGGCAACGGCGCCGGCGCUUCCGCCACUUCGCCUUUUCCCACCAGGAAGGAACCGAUGGGGAAAGCCAGGUGGACGCUGCCACAGGAGCGACGGAAGGAGACGCGGGCAGCAUCAACUGGGAUGCGGCCACCAAAGCUACCGGGUUCAUCAUCAGGACUACGAGAGAGCUUGUGGAAUACAUUGCCAGGGAUCCGAUCAUUGGUCGAUAUAUCCAAACGGCAGAUUUGAAAAACUCUCACUCGGACCAACUUGCCGACUGGGACCAUGAUGCCCAUGAUCACGUCAAGAUCGACGACCAGGUCUGGGACCUGGUCCGCGAGUCCGCCUAUGUUCGUGAAGCUGGCGUUGAUCCGACGGACAUGUUAUUCCACGGAUGUGCCGAAGGCUAUUAUCAGGUCUUGCUCAUGUCCCUCCUCCCAAACACUACAGCGCUGGCACCGGGACGACAAUGGAGUGAAUUAAUGGACAACGGCAUUGUGAAUAGCGGCUCUAUGGGGCGCUUCAUGGAAGUCAUAGUGCGCAAGGCGAACAGCCCGGCAUCGACUGGCGCGUCGCUGUCGAAACUAGAGUUCGUCUACCCUUGGAUGGGCUCCGGGUACGAAGAACGGGGAUCGCUUAGUUCGUGCACGCCUUUCCUGGCGCUCGACUCGCUGCGCGGGCUGUAUGCAGGCAGCGUCAUCGGCCGCGACGACGGGUACACGGGCUACGCCUUCGAGCCCGGCUACGACACAUACAGUGCCAAGCUCGAGACGAUCGAGCUUUUCGCGAGCAUCAUCGGGGCCGUGGAGCUGCGCGAGCUGCUCUCGCGCACGCCGAGCCUCAAGCACUUCCGCUUCGCGCACGAGACCAAAUACCACGGCUGCGGCUGGAACUGGGAUAUUGGCGCGUCCAUCGCCGUCGUCCAGGACUGCGUGGGCGGCACGCUGGAGGAUCUGGCCGUCACGCUGAUGGGGGACGGCCUCAACAACUCUGGCACAACGCUGACGGACAUGACGGGCUUUCGGAAGCUGAAGAUGCUGGAGCUGGACUAUGUCAUGCUCGUCGGACCGGCCUACGAUAAGGAGAGAGCAGAAGCGGACCCGGCCGACAACGACAACGAGCCUCCGUGGGGCCCGCCUGCCAUGGUCCGCCUUGUAGACCUCCUCCCCGAAUCAAUUGAGAACGUCAACAUAUACGUCGGGCCCGGCUUUUUCACAGACGAAAAAUACAUCCAAGCAGCAAGGAAGCUCUUCGAUGGGCUGAACGUGAAGAGCCCAUGUGCGCGGUUGCCGCACUUGAAGGAGGUCCGCUACGUACCCAAGGCUGAGCCGAAGCAUCCUGACAUAGCAGAGCUCCUGGACGAAGUGAAGGGGACGGGAUGUACCGUCACUGAGAAGAACAGGGCUAUGCCCAAAUUUGCUUCCUCGUUUUGCGAACGCUUCGGGGUGGAGUUUAUGUAG